GUUAAAAUAAUAUAACAGAGCGCAGCUCCAAUUAAAAAGUUUAUUUAUUAUUCUUAUUGGUUUUUGCAAUAAUUUGCAUUGCAAGUAUUUCAUCUUCAGUGUUAAAAUGCAAUACAAGACUGCUUUAUGUAAGUUAAAGGAUAUUCAUUAGUAAAAUGGAUAAUACGACGCAACGUUUAAUUCCACGCAGUGGAUUACUGCAGGCUGCAACUAAUUACAACAGAUCCUCAAGUGAGCAGUUUAGUUUCGCAUACAAAUCGGACACCGGCAACAAGCCCAGCAAGAUGGAAGUAAACCGUGUGUUUGAAAAGAAAUUCCAUUAUCAAAAGCCAAAAGAAAAUACUUGGAAGUUACCACCGCCAACUAAAGCAUUUAGCGAAUAUUAUCAGAUUGAUACGCUGCAAGAACUGAAGCCGAAAUUAAAUGAUGUGAAAUGCAAAUUAAACAACUAUACAAUUGAGAAUUGGAGUCUGCAUACAAGACGCCAGGAUCCCUCUAAUGAGAUACCGUGGCGCUUGAAAAAUGAGACCAAGGCCGAAUUUGUGACGAUUGCUUGGUGUAAAUUUUUUGAAUGUCUACACUCCUACCCACUUGUAAAAGAUGCGCAUUUAAAUUCGUUGCAUUUGUGCGAAUUGCCGGGCGCAUUUAUUGCGGCUUUAAAUCAUUACAUGUAUUCGACGUACAAAAGAGAGGAGGUACAAUGGCGUUGGCUUUCUACGACACUAAAUCCAUAUUAUGAAGGCAACCCAACAAGUGGCAUGAUUUCAGACGAUCGAUUUAUGUUUCACACAUUUGACAAUUGGUUGAUGCAUGAUGACUUUACCGGUAACAUUAUAAACCGUAGUCACAUCGAACAAAUGCAGGAGCACUGCAAAAAACGCUUGGAAGACAAUGUUCAGCUAAUUACGGCUGAUGGUUCAAUAGAUUGUGUUGAUGCACCCGAUUGUCAGGAAGAAGUAGUCGCAACACUUCAUUUUGCCGAAAUCACUGCAGCUCUGAGUAUACUCGCAGAAGGUGGCUGUUUUGUAGUGAAAAUGUUUACAAUGUUCGAAUCCACGAACGUAUGUAAACUAUUUUUACUGAAUUGUAUUUUUGAGGAGGUACAUGUAUUCAAACCCGCCACAUCGAAGCGUGGCAACUCCGAAGUUUAUAUAAUUUGCAUUGGUUACCGAAAGCAUACUGAGAAUUUACCAGAGAUAUUGCAGUUGAUGAAGGAAAAUGUAGAAUGUGCAAAUAUAUUUCCGCUUUUCCCAAAAUCAUAUUUGCCAAAUGAUUUCCUGCUCCAACAUGAGAUAUGCGCACGACUUUUUAUGAAUUUUCAAAUUGAAGCUAUUGAAUCGAAUAUACAGACCUACGAAGUAAAGCCUACGCGUCGUCAGGUGAUUUAUAAACAGCAUUUCCGCACUGAAACGGCCAAUGAAUUUUACGCUCGCUACAAAGUGUGUGGCAUCGCCGAACAAGAUAAAGUUUUAUAUGAACAUCAGACAACCGAAGAAAAUUGCAAAUCUGCGCCAUUCUGUAGAGGUUCAUACACAGAACGUGAAAUGGCAAAGGAAACAACAAUGGAAGAGAGAAUAUUUGCACUACAUCGUACAAUCAACAAUUUAGAGAAAAUAUUAGAUUUUAAUUGUAAUAUAGAAUUUCAGGAAGAAUACAACACAUCACAAACAUCUACUCCUGAAUUGCAUAUUUAUAAAGGCGCUCCUUUCACUGAACUACAUAGUAGUAUUUUUGCACAUCCUUAUGUCAUGCAACUGCAUCAAAAACUUAAGGAAGUGUUAAGCCGUGAUCCUUGUUACAUGAUGAAACCAAAAUGUAUUGCAGAGCAGGAUGAAAUACAGCUCAAUAAUCUUAAUAUGAAUGGAUACUCGCUUCUCCCUCGUGAAUUCUUCAUCCAAUUGCUCGAUACGAUUUAUGAAAAACAAUCGCGUAAAAUAGUGCUAUCGAAUGUGCUUUUUUUAACACACUUAUCCGUUUCGGUACUGUAUUCAUUGGCCCUUUAUAUUUUUGGACAUUUAACAAUUUACACAGAGCCUAAUUUCCAAAUAGAAUUGUUUGCCAAAUGUGAUAAAUAUACGCAGCAGCAAAUGUCUACAUUAAAAAUGAUACGCAAUCUGCUUGCUGAGGAUUCAAAUGCUUUAUGUAUUAUGCCUAUCGGAAAAUUGCAUCGCAAUAAGUUUGCCAAUACAUUAAUGGAUUACAAUAAUCAAUUAUUGAUGAAAAAUUUUAAAUUAGCUUUAAAUAAUUGAAAUUAUAUAAGAAUAAUAUAAUUUUUCUACUCAAUUAUACUAGAAAUAAAUAAGAAUAAAUAUAUGAUAAUGAAAUCUCCAAUAAAAAAUAUAUAUGUGUAAAGAUUAAAAACAUAUAGAUAAGAUAAUAUGUAAAUAUGUAUAUGUAUAUAUAUAUAUAUAUCAAUUGUUUCUCAUACUUUAAUUAUUAUUUUAUUUCGAAAUACGUGUUAUUAAAUUAUCCAUAGAGAGAUUCCUAAGCAAUGAUAUCGUUUUUUUUUUUUUUGUUUUAAAUUCACCUAUACCUUUAAAUAUUUCUAAUUUAUAUAGGUAAAUUUGCACAAAUUUUAUAGAAAAAAAAUAAAACAU